ACGCUGUCCAGGUGGUCCUGCCGAAACCCGACGAUGUGGCAACUCUAGGCAAAUGAACUGUUUUUACCUGCACAAACACAGAGCGCGCGUCGCUGCUUCUGCGAGGGGGGUACUGUGGUAGGGCAACCAACGGAUAAUUUAGUGGAUUUUUCAAAAAUAGAAAAGCCAGCAGCAGCCCCAGCCAUAUCCAUAAUCCUACAACGAGAGCCCAGAGGAGAGCAGCAGCAGCAACAACAGGCAUAAUAAUCAAAGAUUAAAUCAGGUUUAUAUGGAAAGGGUUAGCAGCAGAGCCUGUCGCAGGAAGAGAGAAGAGAAAUACACGUUUCCUAGUCGGCAGCAGCAACAACUACACACCUACACUGAUUACACACACACACACACUCACGCAACUCAUGCAAGCCAGCGAGAGAGGGAGAGCAAAAACGCGAGAGCAGUGAGUGGGAAAGAGAGCUAAAAUGCACAGAUUAACGUUGCCGCAGACAUGUUCGGUUCGGGCAUUGUACGGUUUUCGCUCUUCGCUCAUUUUCUUUCGUUGUGUGCUCCGACAAUGUCGUGUUUCGGAACGGUGAAAACAGCAACAACAAGAUAAGAUUUUCCGUUUUUCCGUAUGGAAGCAGCGGCGGCAUUUGUUUUGAAAGUAAAGCAAAAGCGAGCCAGAAAAACGAAAUAUAAAGAAACGCCGACAGCGACGAAAGACCGCGCCUCGCCUGAAUCCAAACGGUGUUUAAUGUGCCGCGUGAGAGAGUGUGUGUGUGUGUGUAGACGAAUAUAAGCCAAAAAGGAAGUGAAAAUAGUGCAAAAAGAGCCCCCGCAUAAUAAUAAUAAAGAAAGCCAAGUCAUAUUAAAAUAGGCAAAAAGACCCCAAACAAAGACCAGUAAUACCAAGACCCCAAAAAACCAGACCAGUUUAAAAAAAAAGCCUAUUUGCAGGGCCGCCGCCAGAUAGUAUUGUACGUGUUUGUGUCUCGUUAUUUGCGUGUUUGUGUGUGUGUGUGUGGGCUAGAAGAGACCACAUACGAGGAGGGAAAGGCCGUUCAAGGAGCGGAAAGGCAGCGGCAGCGAGCAAGCAAUAAGAAUAAUAAAUUACACUUUGCUAUAAUAAGAAAAAUUUAUACAUACCUAUACACACACAGCCGUACAGGCGUACAUGUGCACAAGUAAUGCUGGCGUGUGAGUGUGUGUGCGCUGCGCUGCUUGUGGAAAAUUGUAAUAAAAUAUGAACCGCAGCUAGCAAAGGAAGCGGAGAGCGGUGUGAAAAGAGUGAGAGAGAGAGAGAGGAAGAGAGGAAGAGAAGCGGCAGUAAAACGAGAAAUCGACUGGAAAACCACAAAAAAAAAACAGCAAAGGAAAAGAAUUGAGUGAAAAUAUUGAAACUGCUUCAAAGAAAAGCUGCUACUAUCGCUAUAAUCGUAUUCAUGUGCCAUUUAAUUGUUUGGGAAAAGCUUUAAAGGGAUAUAUACACCAUACUAUAUCCAUAAGACGCCACAGUAUUAGCAACACACACACAAAUAUAUACCCCCCGCGCGUGCAACAUGUCCUGCAUAUCGAGCAAUUUCAGCUCCUUCUUCCUCAAUUCGCUCAACGAUCCCUCGGAGUUUUCCAAGUACUUGAGCAAUGGCGAACUGAAAUGCACUCAAUUCGAGGAAUUUCAAGUAUUUGGCUGCGGCGCAGGCGCAUCGUCGGGGCAACAGCAGUCGCUGCAGCAGCAGCAGUUGCAACAACAACAACUACAGUAUUCCCACACACAUUUAUCCAAUGGCUGCGGCACGGAUUUCUCCUACGAGGCAGCAGCGGCGGCGUCAUCGUCCCAUACGCAACGGGAAACCUGCCUGAGUGGUGCGGCCGCCGCCGGCAGCUCAGGUAGCGGUAAUCCGACGACGACGUCGAGCUCUCACUCGCACCCAGCCGCCGCCGCCUAUGUCGCAGCAGAGGCGGGCGUCGCCGCAGCGCCGACGUCAGCAGCAGCAGCAGCGAUAGCGGGGGCAGCAGGAGGAUCCGUCGCAGGACCAUCCCCCGGCAGCAAUCGCUGGCCCACGGCGGUGGCCACCCCCAAUGGGGGAUCGGUAUCGGUGCCCCAGCACUUUGAUGGUUCCUUUGAGUUUAUCAAAUAUCUGCGCCACUCCACGGACUUUACGCCGGGAACAGCCAGUGCCACGCCGAGCGAUAGCUCCACAGCUGCAGCAGGCGCAGCCGCGUCAGAGAAGAUCGCCAAGGGACCAGGAGUAGCACUAGCGGCAGUAGCAGGCGCUGGCACACCACCUCCGCCAGCACAAUCUCCCGUGGCCAGUGCAGGGCUCCUGGACCUGGACACGAGCACCUCCCAGAAGUCGCGCUCCGCCUCCCGCAAGGUGGCCGCACUUCUCUCCUCCGUUUCGCGCGCUUCCAACAGCCUGGUGGACACAAGCUCCUCCGCGCUGGACGUCUUCGAUCAUGAUUCGAAGCAGACCAUCUUCGACCUGCAGCACAUGGCCUCCAACGGGUCCUCCAACUCAAACGAGUCCUCGCUGGAGCUGCUCGCCUUCCCCAACUCCCAUUUGAAUGCCUCCAACUCGAAUACCUCGUCGGAGGGCGCUGCCUGCGGGAGUGCCGGAGAGUUUGGCGGCAUACUGACGGGCGCCAGUUCCUCAUCGACCGCAUCUUCCUCGUCGCACGCCCCCAAGCUGCUCGGCAGCUUUGUGAUCAAGGAGAACUUCGAGGUGCAUCCUUCCCACAAGGUGGAGGAGGGCAUCUUCCAGCACAUGAACAAGCUCCCCUCCAAGAAGAAGGAUACGCUCAAGCAGCUGGGCGUCCGAUUCACGGGCCAAAUGACGUUGACGGACAAAUCGAUUGUGGUCGAGAAUUUCAUCAAGUUUUGCGAGGAAUAUGAAAUCAAGGAUCAUCGGCCCUGGCUGUCCCUCAAUCAGUGUGGCCUCAACAAGCCCGAACAGAUCAAAUUCGCUCGAUAUUUGGGCCAGGGUCUGCCCACGUUUACGCUCUUUUGCAUUUAUAGCAAUUAUAAGAAUCUGUUCUGCACAAAACGCACAGAAAUCUACACGAAGGACGGCUACAAUCUGCCUUAUAUACUCGACAAAACCAAGCGCUUCCUGGCCAACACAACAGCUGACCUCAAGAACAUGGCGGCCGCCAAUGACGGAUCUCUGGAAUUCGCAGCCGCCAACAGUAGCAGCAGUACCAGCAACAGCACCAACGCCAGCACCAACCUCAUCAACAGCAACAGUAACAGCAGCAGCAGCAGCGGCACUGUCAACCUGUCGGCAGCGUCAGCAGCGUUGGCUGUUAAUGUGAACAGCAGUUAUGUUACAGCGCCGCUGCCGCCCACAAUGGAUCCCCGGUAUGUGUGUGGAGCACCGCCGACGACGGGCUUGCUGCCACCGCCGGCUCUGGGGCCACCGCCGCGCUCCCUGGAACAGAUGAUCAUCUACGAGAACUUUGAGGUGCACGAGACGCACCGCAUCGAGGACGGGGUGUGCACGCACAUCAGCCGGCUGCCGCCCAAGAAACAGGAGCUAUUGAAACAGUUCGGUAUACAGAGUAGUGGGCAGCAAUGUCUGAGCAAUUAUGAAAAGUACAUGCUCAUCGAGAACUUCAUCAAGUUUUGCAAUGAAUAUCAGAUAUCCGAUCAUCGACCCUUUUUGGACUUCCACGAGAGCGCUUUAUCCAAAUGUGAACAACUUAAAUUUGUACGAUAUCUGGGCCAGGGGCUACCCAAUUUGACGCUAAACAAGAUAUAUGUGGCCUUCAAGGACCUGCUGGGCAACGGCAGGCCCGACAAAGCUGGUCUGGAGAGCUAUAAUUUGGAUGCCCUGUUGAAGAAGAAGCGCAAGAAUCUCUACAAUCGCAUGCAUGCGGCUGCUCCCAGCAUUGAUCUAACCGUCUACGAUGCGGCCCAACAUACCCAAGCACAAGCACAAGCACAGCCACAGCUACAUCCACAUCUGCCGCAUCACUCUGCCCUGAGCACGCCACGCCCGCAUCAUGCCUUUGCCGCCCUAAAUGUGGCGACACAGCGCAGUGAAGUAUGCAACGAAUUGACUCCCGGAGGCUUGCAGUACAGUUACGCCGGAAACGGAAAUGGACCACGGUAAAGUCGGGCCCAAUACGACCGCAACUAAACCAUCAAAAACAUAUACAUACAUAAAUAAAUACUUCUUCCUGGAACUGGACCAGUAACUGUUGUGUCUUCGAAACGAACAAGAAAAACAAAAAACAAAAAACAAGAAUUGUUAAGCGAAAUCAUUGAAAACUAAGUGCUAAAUUAAACGAAAAAUGUUUAAAAUUAACCAAGGAAAUUAAGUAUCAGAGACACUAGUAAAAUUAGACUAAAUGUUAACAAACAUUAAACUUAAAUCGAAUGAAAUUCAAUUAAGCCAAAACCCCAAAAUACACCAACAGGCAAAAUGGAAAUACUAAACACUAAGAUGUAAGAUUAUUUAUACUCAAGGUAAACAAACUAUACAACAUACUUACGAGAGUAUACAGAAGAUAUACACACACACAUAUUAUAUAUAGUAAAUACAUAAAAACAUACAUAUAUUUCUGUAGUUGCCAUAGCGCUUCUGGAUGCAGCCAAAUUCUGUCCAGAACAGAACAGAAGAGAAGUGAAGUGAACUAUACCCGAAUCGGUACAAUAUAUACAUACAUACAUAUUAGCUUCGGUUUCCAGCAUCUCAUCCCUAUGAACUCUGCCCCCCAGCAUCCUGUCUAGCAGUAGUGGAAGGUUUAAGCCUAGUCUCUAAGUGCAAAGGAAAAAACACCAACAAAAAUAUGAUAAAGAUGAAGACCUCCUCCCAAAAUGAAAGUUUCCUAAAUACGACGCAAACUACGAGUAACAAGUAGAUCAAACAGUAGCUGGUAAGAAGAGACAAAUUUUUAGAGUAGAUUACGACCGAGUGGAAGCACAGAUGAUUAACUAAAUAUUCCUAUAUACAUACAAUAUACAUAUACAUACAUAUAUAUACAACAAGCAGCAUCAAAAUUUCAAAAAAGGGAAACGAAACGCGAGAAUCAAAUGCAGAAUACAACCAAAAAAACAAAAACAAAAAACAGCAAUUGUAAAAAAUAUAUAUACAGAAACGUAAAAUACCAAACC